AUGGCAGCAGCAAGCACAUCUUGGGCUCUCCUUCUCCUGCUCAUCGCUGCCACAGGCGAGGCCACCACCAUAAGCAUCACCAACCAAUGCUCCGACACCGUGUGGCCAGCUGCUGUGCCCAUAGGCGGCGGCAUGCGGCUCGAUCCGGGGAAGUCGUGGACUCUGGAGGUGCCCGCCAGUGUCACAAGCAGUGGGCAGCGCAUUUGGCCGCGCACGGGCUGCUUGUUUGAUGACAAAGGCAACGGGUCCUGCCAAACGGGUGACUGUGGCGGUUUGCUCGCUUGCAAGAGCAAUGGGAAGCCGCCCAACACCCUCGCGGAGUUCACUGGUGGUCAGUUAGGAGGUAAAGAUUACUUCAGCAUCUCCCUCGUCGACGGCUUCAACGUGCCCAUGGACUUUGUGCCGGUGCCAAUUCAGGGAGGGCCAGGGUGCAGCAAGGGGCCGCGUUGCACAUCCAACAUCACGUUGCAGUGCCCAAGCCAGCUCCAGGCUCCUGGGGGUUGCAACAAUCCUUGCAAGGUGUUCAAGCAGGACAGAUACUGCUGCGCUGGGAACUCGGCCAGUUGCGAACCCACCACCUACUCGCUGCUCUUCGCGAGGAUGUGCCCAGAAGCGUACAACUACUCAAGGGAUGAUAGCUCGAGCACUGUGUUCACUUGCCCGACAGGCACCAACUACCACAUCGUCUUCUGCCCCCUGGUGGAUGCAUCUAGUGUUGCUAGAUCAUCAGGAUUAGAUCUCUCUGUUUGGCAAUAUGCUGUACUGGGUUUCGUGUUCAUUGCAUUCAUUACAGCUAUAAUCCUUUUCAUCAUGCUUAUACGAAGGACAAGACGACGCAAGGAGAUGGAGGAUGAGGAGGACGAUUUUAGAAACCUGCAAGGAACACCAAUGAGGUUCACAUUUCAACAGUUAGAAGUAGCAACCUUGCAAUUCAGAGACAAGCUCGGGGAAGGAGGAUUUGGGUCUGUUUUCAAGGGACAGCUGGGUGAGGAAACAGUUGCAGUGAAACGUUUGGAUCGAACAGGUCAUGGAAAAGGAGAAUUUUUGGCAGAGAAAUCCCAUAGGCUCUUGGUUUAUGAGUAUGUGCCCAGAGGAUCGUUGGACAAAUGGAUCUAUUGUCAACAAGACAACAAUGCUUCUCCAUUGGAAUGGAGGUUGCGAUGCAAGAUUAUUACUGACAUAGCUAAGGGCCUCUCUUAUCUUCAUGAGGAGUGCAUGAAAAGAAUUGUUCAUUUAGAUGUCAAGCCACAAAAUAUCCUCUUAGAUGAAAACUUCAGUGCAAAGCUUUCUGAUUUUGGACUAUGCAAGCUAAUUGAUAGGGAUAUGAGCCAAGUGGUCACUAGAAUGAGAGGCACACCUGGCUAUUUGGCUCCAGAAUGGUUGACAUCGCACAUCACAGAAAAGGCCGAUGUCUACAGCUUUGGUGUUGUGGUCAUGGAAAUCGUCAGCGGAAGAAAGAAUCUUGACACUUCCCGGACUGAUGAGAGCCUGCAUCUGAUUACCUUAUUGGAAGAAAAGGUGAAGAGUGAUAAAUUGGUAGAUUUGAUUGACAAGAACAGUAACGACAUGCGAGCACAUGAGCAAGAAGUAAUUCAGAUGAUGAAGCUUGCAAUGUGGUGUCUACAGAUUGAUUGCAAAAGAAGGCCUCAAAUGUCUGAGAUCAUCAAAGUUUUGGAAGGUACCAAGAAUGCAGAGACCAGCAUAGAGAACAACUUUGUUUCUACAAGUCCAUUAAAUUUUAGUAUUGCUGGGAACCUAAACUCCUCAGCUCCACUUCUGGCCUCAGAUUUAUCAGGUCCCAGGUGA